CAACAAUAGUCGUAUGAAUAUCCGGUAGCCAUAUUGAAUUAAAAAUAUAGUCUUUUCCGUUUUGUUGUCGUGAAAAUGACGGGCUUUAGCAAUAAGGCCAUAGUGAUCGAUGGCCGUGGCCAUCUGCUCGGCCGCCUGGCCGCAGUCAUUGCUAAGGUCCUGCUGGAAGGAAACAAAGUUGUGGUUGUUCGUUGUGAACAGCUCAACAUCUCUGGCAACUUCUUCAGGAACAAAUUGAAGUUCAUGUCAUUCCUGCGCAAGCGGUGCAAUGUAAACCCAGCUCGUGGCCCGUUCCACUUCAGAGCACCGUCAAAGAUUCUGUGGAAGACUGUCAGAGGCAUGAUCCCGCACAAGACAGAGCGUGGGAAGGAUGCGCUGAGGAGGCUCCGCGCCUAUGACGGCUGCCCACCUCCAUUCGACAGCAGGCGUCGCGUCGUCGUGCCCGCUGCUCUGCGCGUCUUCUGCCUCAAACCCGGCCGCAAGUACUGCCAUGUCGGCCGCCUGUCGCACGAAGUCGGCUGGAAGUACCGUGAGGUGGUCCGCAAGCUUGAGGACAAGAGGAAGUUCAAGGCCGUCCACAAGGUCGCCUAUGACAGAAAACUCAAGAAAAUCACGAAGGAGGCUGGCGAGAAGGUAGCGAAGUCGACGGCGCCCUUCACAAACAUCAUCCAAUCCUAUGGAUAUGCUUAGGAUUAAGAAAGUUAUAUAAAAAUAAACCUGAUUGGUUGCCAA